AUGGCGACCUACGUUUUCCCCAUCACGCAUUCACCGCAGAUGUCGGACGGGCUACCGCAGCCGACACUCGCCCACAGCCCUCCGCCAUUCACACCUGUACACUCGCCCCAUCACUCGGUCAACUCAUCGGUGUCGUCCCGUACUCCCAUCCACACAUUGUCCAUCCGCGAGUAUCGCAAGCAGCAGCACACACCCAACCCGCACAUAGAAACACCAUCGGGAAAGACAUUGAGGCGGAAGGCGGCAGCUCCCACGCUCAACACCGCUAAGCCCAAGUCGUCAGUGCAAACGGCGCGGCCACAGUCGCAAUCGACAUCAAGACCCCUGCACCUGUCGCACUCCGCACACCAGCUCAACAUCUCGCAUCGAUCGCCCUUUGAGCAGCAGUUGCUUGCCAAUCACCUUGGUCGAGCUCAAUCGGCUGAGCCUCGGACGCAAGGCGGGAGCAUAUCAAGUAUUUCCACGACAACAUCGUCUGGAAAAGUAGGCCACUUCAAAUCUCGCAAGAGACUACCAAAGCCGCCUACUGUCACCAAUCUGGCCCCGCUCUCGUCCCAUCUUGCUCCCACAAGAUCAAUUUUGCGACACCCGCGUAUUUCGACGGGCCCUCGACGUUUCUGCCGACCACUCACACGCGGACGAGACACCGACUACGCACACGACCUCAACCUUUUCGUUGUCACGAUUUCCUCAACCGGCCGCACCUCGAGGAUCCCCUCUUUCUCACACUCGCACCAUAACAAUGAGCACACGCGCAUAGCCACCCUCAGUCACACGUCGACCGCCCCGGCUACGCCGCCUGCAACGCCUGCGACUAUUCACUACCGCGGCGCGUCUUUCGACCUGGUCAACCCGCACGACUCGCUGCUGCUGCACGACAUCGUUACUCCCUCCAAAGAUUUUGGUUCAAGCGAGUACUUCCUGAUACCCACAUCCGAGGAACCCUUCCCGGAUAUCUCAGACAUGGCACCCAAAAGAGCGCUGUAUGGCGACUUCACUGCUGCCCAUGCUGGCAUUAUGCGACGUGCGGAAGACUCCUUCAGCAGCUCCAACCUCGAUCUCCCUCUGCCACCAACGCCGGCUGCGAUAAGCCCAGACUCAUCCGCUUAUACCUCGCCAAUCUACAGCCCUGAUUCGAACUUUGCGCCGCCGCCACUGGCAGUCGCGAAAGCCCCGAAUGAAUCCCGAUUUUCACUCAGGCAACUCACCCGCACCUUGACGAAACGACUUGGCAAGUCUCCAGAGAAGCAACAGAUUGGGCGAGAGCUACAGGAGCUGCAGAAAUUACCCACCUCACUAGUCUCGAUGAGCGUUCACGGCGAAUACCCUCGCCCACUACAGGAGACCUAUGUCACCACUCCGCAGUCCGCCUACUUCCCCCUUGGCCCAACGUCGCCAGUCACCCCUACUAGCCCAGAUGAGCCAUUUGAGCAUGAAGACAUCGAGGUGGAGCUGUCCCGGAGACAUCCUUUUCAACGCUACGACUCUGAGCCUAUGGCAUCGUUGAUUCCUGAUGACGAUUACUCGACCCAGGCAGGACGCGUGGACGACCCGCGCACCUCGAUGUCGGAUGGGUACCUGGUGUCGAAACCCUACUACGACGAUAUAGAAUCCAUAUAUGCGAGCUCCUCUAUUUACACGAGUGACGACCGGCGCAGAUCCAAUUACCAGCAAAGUCUGGGAGGCACGCGGCAGAGCAAUCCAUUCCUUCGCUACAGUGGUGUAGAUGCAAGUAGCUUCGCGAAUGAAGACAACCCUGAAGGUCUAUAUGUAUACAGCUCUCGAAGCAAUCGGAAAUCCCAACCGCUUUCCCAAGACAUGUAUCGUCGCAUGGCCAUGCAGGAAAAGACAGACACGAUCAGCAAGAUCAUCGAUCAAUACGACCCGAAUGUGAUCACAAACAACACUCCUUCAAUGGUGAGCGAGGCGAGAAAUACAGAGCAUGGAUUUUCCGCAUCAGAGCCGUACCCUCUUGACGAGCUCACAACAUCAGAUCACGAGCAAUGUUCGAAGGCCACUUCGGGUCUCAGCCAGUUCACGUUCGGCAUGACCGAAGAUCAGAGUGUCGAGCAGGGUCGCGGUGUUGGCAGUCACCUCAAUCAACAAUCAACACUUGCCAGAGAUGCAGGCCUGUCGCCACGCGUGCCAGCGCCUCUGGCGCCGCCAUUCCAUUUCGCAGGUGACUCGUAUCGGAUGCCGCACCCAGAGAGCUCCGCCAUGUUUUCGAAUCAAUCAUACAACUCCUAUGGCGACACUCGAAAUCUGUUGGGGAUUUCACAAACAGAUGGUCUGGGUCUUUCAGUAUCAUCACAACUGCUCCCAACGUCGUCAUCCUACUCCGAGGCAGCUGUGAAGUCACUUAAGCCUUCUUCAUCGUACUCUCAGCCAGCCAGUCCCGCAGGUCCACCCACUCCACAAGAAGCUUUAGAUCAAGCUGACCAGAUCUUCCAGAACGCUUCCAAUGAGCAGAAGCAGGCAGAGAAGGGAAUACCAGCUAUGUGGGUUAGGCGAAGCUCGGGUAGUCUGCUUCUUGCCAAACAAAACAGCGUCCCGACUUUGGAGAAUCGAUUGAGCUCUGGUUCUGGCGCUGCCACUGCAGGCUUGACAGCACCGCGUGCAAGCAAUGACGGAGACUGGGAGUCCGUUGCUGGCAAUAGUCAACCUUGCAGGGACUCAUGCGGCAGUGCUGCAGAGUACGGCAGUAUUGCAGAUUACAGCAGCAGCGAAGGGACUCGCAAUAGCUUGGGUUUGAACUCGGAUGGCUCAUUACCAUCGUGGGUUGGUCAGAACCACUCGCAGGAGCAGCCCUAUGCUCUUGCGCCCUGGGCCAACGGAUACACUUUCAGCGACAAGAAGACCCUAGAGCUGCUCGCUUCAGGCCCCAAUGAUAAGAUCAUGGUCGAGACUGAACGAGUAGGCGUUUACAGAAACGAUUAUGACCAGACAUGCGAGGAAGGACUUGGUGUUAUGGCGAUGACUAGCUCCCCAGUCAGCAUCUUCGAUGGCCCAAAUACUUUUGAACGCGAGAACACAUUCGAGAAGCUGUGUGUCAUUGGUCCAAAGGGUAAUCUCACAGGCACUCCUAGAGGCACAGGCAUGCAUGAAACAGGCAGUAGCGUGGCCGACACAAGCAGUCCUGGCCAGAUGACCCCGGGUACUGCCCGUUUAGAGCCUGUAGCAGAGACUUCGCCGGAUCCCGGGGCAAAGCGACGAGAGUCCAUCCGCUCCUCUACAUCACUUCAGAAGUCGCAGCGCCGAGUGAGUCGUUCAAACGUACCCGGGCAAACAAAGCUCAGGCAGAUGGUACUCGCUCCUGGUACAGCACGCAAGACGCUGUCCAGCGCAGACACAAGGUUUUCGCAGUACAUGGGAAGUGAGCGCCCUUCCACAAGCGACACUACCACACCUCUGUCGCCUGGCCCUCAAGUCAGUAUUGGGACACUUCCUAUUGUGCGCACGCUCAUUGCACAUCAACAUUCGCCACACUUACUCAGCGUUGAGAAAGAUUUGGGCCGAGAGGAUGAGGAGCGUCGCCACAAGCUUUCUUGGGUCAUCCUCGCAGUCUUCUGCAUACUUCCUCCUUGCAUGUUCCUCUAUCGUGUCUAUGGGGAUCGCAUCAUGACUUCACUCACGAAAGGAGAUGUGGGUACCUGCACGAGCAAGUCGAAGAGGGUCGCCUUCAUUGGAGGUAUCGCUGUCAAUACUGGGCUCAUUACGGCAAUUGUCGUGCCAAUAAUUGUUCUACAUGCCCUUGGCGCAGCGUCGUGA